AUGCCCGUCGCAACGUACACUACGGCAGAAUGGUCUCAGGCGUUCGUCGACUUCGAAGCAAACGACGAGUUCAAAGACAUCAUCAAAACGGAAGACAAGGCCCAGGCGAUGGUUGAUCGAUACCUGCCCAAGGCCAGCUGGCUUACUGUACGAAAACGAUACAUCAAAUGGAGGAGCGAGAACGGAAGGCCGCUGCCGAGAGAGGAGUACACUAAAGCAGACAUGGUUCAGGCGUUCGUCGACUUCGAAGCAAACGACGAGUUCAAAGACAUCAUCAAAACGGAAGACAAGGCCAGGGCGAUGGUUGAUCGAUACACAUCCUCUGGCCACACCAAUUGGCCCCCCUCAACACCCAAAAUCACCCAACACCAUUCUCUCCUCGCUCGAUCCAUUGUCACAUUCUCGGCUGACGCUACUACCCAAGUACACUUGGAAGACUGCACGAAGAGGGUACAUUAUAUGGAGGCAGAAGAUUGGAAGGCGGCUGCCGAGGACGGGGCGAGCGAAGGGAGACGCGCCGAACCGAAAUUACCCUCGGCGUCGAAUACUGGUUGCCACGGCCUAGCUGGGACGUGUUGA